AGCUGAGCCACGACACAAACACUGAGCUGCUGCUGCUGCUGCUUCGUCCUGCGAAUUCAACAUUUACCAGUCGUGGCUUUGUGUGACUGCACCUGUGUGACGUCAGAGGGAUGGAUGCAGCCGACGACCUGGAUGAAGACGAGCUCCUGGACUGCGACGUUCAGAUGAUCAUUCAGGAGUCGUGUCAGAGGGAACACCUGUCGGGAUCAGGGAGGAGUGAAGCUCUGAAGCUUGUGGACGCCAUUGAACGAGGCGACAUGUUGGCGCUGCAGGAGCUCUGUGAUUUCCCAGCAGCCUUCAGUGCGGUGGAUGAGCGAGGCCGGUAUCCUCUGCACAGGGCGGCGGUGCAACCUCUGGCCUCGGUCCUGGAGACGGUGCUGUACGGUGGUCAACAGGAUGCUCCAAAUGAGAGGAUGAAUGCAGAACAGUUAAUACAGUCGUCUUUCCGUUUGACUCUGGAGGAAAAGACUCUGGAGGGUGAGACCUUCCUGACUUUAGCAGUGAAAGCCAGUUUGGUGGAAAAUGUGAAGAUGCUGCUGGACCACGGAGCUUCUCCUCACACCACCAACAGCAAGAACGAGUCUCCUCUGCUUUUAGCGGUCAGAGCCGGAUCUCUUCAGACGGCUUCCUGUCUGAUAGCUGGAGGAGCUCGGGUGGAGCAGGUGUGCCUGAAGAAGUGGACGGCCAUGCACGAGGCCUCCAGGGCCGGAUGCGUCCACGUCGUGGAGCUCCUGCUGCAGAACGGAGGUCAGGUUUUGGAGACUGACCAGCACGGAGUGACUCCUCUGGGCAUUGCUGCAGAAUAUAGCCACGCUGAAGUCCUGGAGCUCCUCAUUAAACAUGGUGCUGACGUAAACGCUCAGGCGCCGAAUGGCGACAGCGUCCUGUAUGAUGCCGCGGGUUCAGGGAAUCCAGACUGUGUCAACAUCCUGCUGCAGCACGGAGCAAACCCCAACAUCCACAACCUGAGCUCCCAGCUGCCCAUCCACCGAGCGGCGUACGAAGGACACUACCUAGCGUUGAGGAUCUUGAUCCCGAUCACCACUCGGCGGGCUCUGAGGCUGUCCGGCCACAGCCCCGUCCACUCAGCUGCUGACGGGGGCCACGCUCACUGCCUGGAGCUCCUGCUGCAGAAAGGCUUCGACGUGAACGCGCUGUUAGCCCCUCACAUCUCUGACAACUACGGAGACAUGAGGAGAAGCCCGCUGUACUUCGCUGUCUCCAAUGGGGACGCGACCUGUACCGAGAUACUGCUGAAGGCGGGAGCCAAACCCGACCUGGACCCGCUGUGCUGCCUCCUGGUGGCGGUUCGGUCAGGACGCUACGAGAUCGUGAAGCUGCUGCUGGCGGCCAGAGCUGACGUGAACUGUUACUUCACGGUGGUGAACGACACAGUGUUUCCCACAGCGCUGCAGUACUGCCUGAAGGACGAGGUGAUGAUGAGGCUGCUGCUCAACAACGGCUACAAUGCCGAAAAGUGUUUCUGUUGUGACCAUGACGACGACUGGGACGAGCUGAGCGAGUCUGAAUACUCACAGCAUCAGGAGGACAAAGUCACUUUUUGUGACUUCGUCAGCGUCUCCUGGAUGGUGAACCUGGUGGGCCGAGUCGUGCCGAUCCUCCUGGAGUACGUUGGUCAGGUGUCUCUCUGCGGCAAACUGACCAAGAUCCUGGAGAAACACAAAGAGUGGCCUCACAUCCACAGGACCACACGCAACCCUCGCUCUCUGGCUCACCUGAGCAGAGUGGUGAUCCGGAAACACCUGAGCUGCAGCGGCCUCAUGUCCGUCCACCUGCCCAACAGGCUGAAGGACUACCUGCUGUUCAAAGACAACGACCUGUACUCCAAAAUCAUCUGCAGGGAGGACUGAGGGGACGGGUUCCCUCCGAUCAACUGCGUCUUAAACAUUAGCAACUUUGAUUUUUUUACUUUUGUGGUUUAUGUAACGGGGCCUGUAUUUAUCAAACUUUUAAAAGAUACACUGAAGAAAAAGUGUGAGCAAUAACACACAUUUCUACACUCCAACAACUACAACAAAACAGUAUUAAAGACAUUUUGUUUUCUGUUCGUAAAGUUUCAGUGGCAGUGACGUUCGAGGAGUCAGGACAUCAUGUUGUUGUUUGGUUGUGUUGAUAAUUUAUGUACUAACCUCUAAAACACUUUCUCAUGACAAUUAGUAUGCAGUAUAUACUGUAUGUCAUAAGAAAAAAAAGUAUGUUAAGUAAAUAGAUAUUAUAUUUGCAUGAAAUCCUUUGUAUUUAAUUAUUAAUAUGUGAAAGUAGCAAAAAUAUAAUAUAUUUACAGAAAAAAAAAAUUAUGUGGGGAAAAAAGUGGAGUAACACUGUGUCAAAUGUUCAUUAAUUAGUUUGUUAAUUCAAACAUUAAUUUUAGUACUUAUUGCUUCAGCUAAUGUGUCACAUGAAAACAUGAAAGUGUGUUCGCCUCUGUUUUUGCACUGCAAUCAUCUUUGAAUUUUUACUUUUCAUCAUUGAAUUACGUCCAAGCAGUUUGAUAAAUACAAGCCCUGAUUCGUACUGUAUGACUGUAAAUGAUUUUUGUUUAACAUUGUUUCAAAGGGGCAUUAACUAAGAUUAUCAUUGUCCCGACUGUUGCACAAAAUAACCAGAAAAUAUCUGCAGUUAGUCAUUGAUAAUUGUCACUUCAUCACUGCGUCAGGUGACUCAGGAAAUCUACCAGACCAGGUGAAGUUCAGACCAUUACAUGACCCAAAGCAGGAAAUGUAUAUACUGUAAAUUCUCAAAUAAAAGCCGAAAUUGAAAUAA